UCCAACCCAAAAUUCUCCGUUUUUUUCAUACAAAUAAAAUCAAAAACGUCCACAUGUACCUCUCCAAAAUCCAAAAAAUCGUGAAUGAUGGACUAGUCAAAAUUACCAGAAUUGCUAGAAAUUACAGUAACGGAGAUUGCGUGGGGGUUAGAAGAUGCAAUCCGCCACUCAUCAACCCUCAAAACUUACCCUACUUGCCGAUACCCAAACUGGAGAACACCCUCCACAAAUUCAUCAAAUCGUGCGAGCCGUUCGUGAGUUAUAAGGUCAUAGUGGAAACCAAGGAAAUCUGCGAGAUGUUCCAGAAGAAAGAAGGGAAGUAUCUGCAGAAGUACCUGAUCUCCAAGGCCCAGAACUCCUACAAUUGGCUGGAUGAUUGGUAUACCCAGUGCGCUUACUUAUGCAACAGAGAUUCUUUACCCAUGAGCACAAGUCCAAUCAUGACUUUUCCCCCUCAGAAAUUCAGGAAAACCUACCAGCAGAGGGAGUACGUGGCUAAACUCAUCCUAGCCAUAUUGAAAUUUAGGAAACUCUGCUAUUGCAACAAGUUACCGGUGGAAACCUGGCACAAAUACCCUCUGGAUAUGGGCGUGUACAAGAAGCUGUUUGCCAAUAUUCGCUUACCCAAGCCAGUGUGUGAUCAGCUUUAUCAUUAUCCCAACUCUCAACAUAUAAUCAUCAUGUACAAGAACAAUUUAUUCAAAGUUAAAGUUAUGAAUAACUGUGGGGAUCCCUUGAGCUUCAGACAACUGACAGAGAGGAUUGAUGAGGUGAUGACCAGAGGUAAAGCCACAGGUAUUCCCUUUGGUCUUCUCACAUCGCUGAAUAGAGACACUUGGGCUGGUGUGUACGAACACAUGAAAGAUAUAGGAAACAAUGAGGAACUCCUGGAACACAUCGAGAAAUCCAUGUUCUUGAUAAACAUAGACAACCCUCCACCUUGUCCAGUUUGUGACGAUGAGGACAGAAAACUAAAUUCCUGCCAAAAUGGCUUUCAUGGAUAUGGCCCCAAAGUCAACGGUGCUAACAGGUGGUACGGAAAAACAUUACAGUUCUUCUCGACCAGAGACGGAUGUUCUGGGAUAAUAUUCGAGCAUAGCCCAGUAGAAGCUAUACCGUUAGGAAAAAUGGCGGACUACAUCUUGAACUACAUCGCUGGCGAUGAGUGGCGUGAAGUACCUGAUAUAAUACUGAGAGAACGACCAUUGAAAAUGGAUUUUAUUCCAUCGGAAGAUAUAAUCAACGCUAUGAACGACGCGUCUGAACACCUGGAACAAAAGAUGAAUAAUUUCCGCAUUGACAUCCUACAUUACGACAGAUUCGGAAAGGAGUUCAUCAAGGAGAACAAACUGAGUCCAGAUGCCAUAAUCCAGGCGGCCCUUCAAUUCGCCAACUUGAGACUCCACAACAGUGUAACGCCCCAGCACGAAACCGCGUCCACCCGACGUUUCUACAUGGGCAGAACCGACACCAUCAGGUCUUGCACGAGGGAGGUGGUCAGAUUCUUGCAAAACAUGUCUAGAGUCACGACGCCAACGAAAGAGAAGUUCGAAUUGCUGCAAGACGCUGUUAAGAGGCACCAGCAGAUCACGGCGGACGUGAUGAUGGGUAGGGGUAUCGACCGUCAUCUGUUCGGUCUGUUGAUGGCGUCCAGGGAGCUCAAGAUUCCGCUGCCGAAGCUGUUGAGAUGCGAGGCUUAUCAUAAGAGCGGGAGGUUCAGGAUUGUGACCAGGCAGAAUCCGACUAAGAGGAACUGUUUCACUUGUUACUCCCCUGGUUUGGACGGGGGUUAUGGUUGCUGUUAUAACCCGAGGAGUGAAGACAUCAAUAUGUGCGUGACUUGUAAAAGAUCGGACCCUGAAUGUCAUCCUGGGAAGUUCUUGGAUGCUUGGGCUUGUAGCAUGAGGAAUAUUGCCGAUUUGAUACUGAGGUAUAAGCUCUACCAGAAAGAAUGCUUCAGUAGAGGGAAAUGUUCCAAAUGUUAAUACAUCUAGUUUGUAAUUACAGCGAGAAAUCAGAGGAAGAGUUUUUUCCAUAAACCACAGAGAGAUAGAAAAUAAAAUACCUAGUAUUAAUAAACUUAUUAGAGAGAAGAAUUACCUUGGCUCAUUCUUUGUCACUUGAAUCUAUCUAAAUCUAUAUUAAAAACGCUUUCUUCGUUUGGAAUCGAACAAGUCAUGCGAAGAAACAAGAUGAAAGGAAGGAAAUUCUUUUCGGAGUGUUAAAUACGUUAUGCGCCCGUAAUAGAACCGCC